AUGCCGUCAGUUAUGGAAGUGGGUGAAGGUGUCAUAACCCCAGACAACGGACUUUCCGACAAUGACGCCCCUGAAACCCUCACGAAGACCGAAAUCCAGCGCCUCGGGCGACAGCGUCCUACGGUCUUCACAAAGGCCUCCACGGAGGUCGGAUUCGUGGUCACGAUUAUCGUCUCUAUGAUGAUGAGCGAGUACUUCAUCAGUGGUUUCAACAUCGUCUUGCCCACCAUUGCCGACGAGAUUAGCAUUCCCGAUUCUCAGCGGACCUGGCCUUCUGAGGUCAUAAAUCUUACCACGGCCGCACUGCUUUUGCCCUUUGCCAGACUCAGCGACCAAUAUGGCGGCCGGGUCAUUUUCCUGUUGGGACAUGCAUGGCUCACGAUCUGGUCCCUAAUCGCCGGCUUUAGCCAGAACCCGACAAUGCUAAUUGUAUGUCGUGCGAUGCAGGGCAUUGGUAGCAGUGCGUACCUUCCAGCUGGUAUAUCAUUGCUCGGUACUGUGUAUCGACCCGGACCGAGAAAGAACAUGGUUUUCAGCUUCUACGGCGCGAUGGCCUGCAUUGGAUUCUAUAUCGGUAUUUUCCUAGGUGCGGUAGCCGGACAGUUGUUGACGUGGAAAUGGUUCUUCUACAUUGGUGCUAUUCUUAUGUUCAUCAAUACGAUUAUUGGAUUCCUUGCCAUCCCGAGACAUCUUGGCGACGGCGAUUCGAGCGCACGCAUGGACUGGCUGGGUGUAACCACCAUCGUACCUGGCAUCAUCCUGGUGGUCUAUGCGUUGACAGACGGUAGCCAUGCGCCGAGCGGAUGGCGAACUCCGUACAUCAUUGUCACUUUUGUUCUCGGAGUCAUCUUGCUAUGCCUUGCCGUCUAUAUCGAGGGCUGGGUAGCAUCGCAGCCUUUGCUGCCCGCUGAACUCUUCCGGCCAAAAUACAUGCGGCGCCUCGCACUGUCCAUGUUUUUCUCAUACGGUGUAUUCGGACUGUUCCUCUUCUAUGCCAGUUACCAACUGCAAACUGUCUUAAAGACGACACCUCUCCAAACGGCUGCAUGGUUCACACCUUUGGCUGUUGGUGGAAUGUUCCUUGCGAUAGCCGGCGGCCUCCUUCUUCAUCUUCUACCAGGCCGCAUUCUCUUAAUUAUAUCAGGACUGGGAUAUUUGCUUUGCGUACUUCUCUUUGCCCUCAUGCCCGCUCAGUCGGAAUCCGGCGGACCCUCGCUGUCGUUUCUGUACUGGGCCUAUGUCUUCCCAUCGAUGAUAUGCGGAACCAUUGGUGUCGAUAUCCUUUACAACGUCACGAACAUUUUCAUCACCACAGCCAUGCCUGCGCGGCUCCAGGCCACUGCCGGUGCGCUAAUCAACAGCUUGUUGUACCUGGGCAUGGCGUUCUGGCUGGGGAUCGGAGAACUUGCUGUCUCGACUACGGUGGAUUAUCGUGGGGAGGGCAACGUCAGUCUCAAAGAGCAGUACCAGAUAGGCUUUUGGUUAGGGGCUGCAUUGGCUGGCUUGGCGUUGUUACUCAACGCCACUAUUAAUAUUGGAGAAGCGGCUGCCGAACUGACGGCCGACGAGAAAGAGAAGAUAAAGUUAGAGCAGUUGCAGCAGCAGGCACAACAUUAG